CCCAGUUUAGUCAUUCAAAAUCCACCCAAGGCUUGCCGACCGUCGCGAUAUAAUGCUUGAACAGCCUGCGGCCAAUCUUCUAAGCAUGAGCGUCGCCUCAGUUGAACUCACACCUUCUGGGCGCACACCCUGCUGCGAUUGUGGGUGUGCUGUCAAGGCCUGGAAAUGUGUUCAAUGCGAUGAUUCCUUUUGCGACGAUUGCUGGCCAAAGCAGCGACCGCACCGGCCAGGGAAAGUUGGCAUCGACGGCCGGCACCACGAAAGGGUCGACGAAGAAGUUGUUCGGCGGCUGCAAAGGAUAUUCGGCCAGGCUUCCGAAGAAGAACAGUCCGACCGCCAUGGAGGUGACAUCGACACGACGUGGUUCGGUGUAGAUAAAGACGCAAACCAGUCUUUCUUGCACACAUCAAACCGUCUUGUCGAAGUUCUGCAUGAGAGUCAGACUGGGGAGUUCACAGAGCGCUUCCCACAGUUGGUUUCCUUCGUCGGUCAGACGGGAGCCGGAAAGAGCACCGUCAUCAAGAUGCUCAUCAGCCGCGAGCAAGGGCGCAUGCGCGACAUGGCGCAGCAAGAUAUCGCCGACCAGCCUUGCCCCGUACCCGGCCUGGUUGGCGACAAUAUGCCAACGACGGGUGAUGUCCAUCUCUACUCUGAUCCAGGGACAUAUUACUCCCAGAAGCCGAUCUUUCUAGCCGAUUGCGAGGGUAUGACGGGAGGAGAGCACGCCCCUCGAGGUCUUAUCGUUCGCGAAAAGGUCGAGAGAGCGAAGAGAGGGGGCAGAAUCAAGGAGGGCGGCAGGACUUUGAUUCGGAAGACCCUCGCAUGGGCAAAGGAUGAUAAAUUGCAGUCUCGGGAAUACGCUGUCACUACCCUGUUUCCGCGGAUCCUCUACACGUUUUCGGAUGUCGUGGUAUUCGUGCUCAGAGAGGUUAGAACAUUCGAGAGCAAAGUCUUGCAGCAACUUGUCAACUGGGCGACUAUGUCUAUCGACAAGUCCAUCAACCAACCCACUCUGCCACACGUCGUCAUCUGGGACCCCGAAUUCGCAACUUCGGUCCUGCUCGACGACUAUAAGGACUCGGUCAAACAUGUGACUGGUCUGCGAGACAUAGUCGCCAGAUUGGCUGAAUUGCGUGUGGACAAGAAGAUCAGCAACACCAGAGAGCUUCUCGAGUCCUACUACUCGUCUGUCACUGUCGUCAGGAUUCCGUCCAAGGGCCGAUACAUGUUGAUUGACGAGCAAAUCGGGAAACUACAGGAGGUCAUUUCGUCGAAAUGUGCCGCGUCACACGCCCACAAGAAGAAGAUUCGUAUGCUACUCAACGCUGAAAGGUUGCCACAAUACGUCGAUUCCGCCUACGAUCACUUUUCGCAGAAAUUGGACGAGCCUUUCGAUUUUGCAGAAGAGGCACGGCGCCAUGCAGAGAUGCCUGUGGACUUCUCAGACCACGUUCUCAUCCUCAUCUGGUCGCUUUAUAGGGACCUGGAUGCAGCCGGCGAUCCAGGGUCAUUGUUGACCAAAGUUACGCGCCCAUUGGCGUCAUGCAUAAUGCUCGACGCUAUGCGAGACGAUACACAAGGCACUUAUUCCAGCUUGCUCCGAAGUACCUACUACGAGCCUUUGAAAGAAGCAUUUAACAGGUUCUGCGAACAGGUGCUUCGCUGCUCAGAAAGUGUGGGCGGCGUCAGAUGUUGCAAUACCAAGAAUUCGCAUUCGAAGGGUCAUCAAGCGAGAAACGGCAAGAUCUUUUCCAAGGGAGAAUACCGUCAACCUUUUAAUCAAGACAAAUUCUUUGCGCAAUGGAUCAACCAUAUCGACGAAAACAUCAAGGGCUUGGAUAAUUCGUUGCAGCAACAAUCCGCACGCGCCGACCGGGAUGAGAAGGCGCUCCUUCCCACGAUUCACAAAAAUGUGAUGGCACAUUUCUACAAAGCCAAUGUCCCGGUUUCUUGUUUUCGAAGCUAUGCAACGUGUCUCUGCUGCGUUGCCAAAAUACCAGAGAACGAGCUGCCCUGCGGUCACACGCUGUGCAAGAAUUGUGUUCAGGCCUUUGGAAACGAUGCUGGACAGGGCAUUUUUGAGCUGAAUUCAUGUCCUCUCCACCAUUCUGAGACCCGCUGGCCAAAGCCGGCCCAGAUCAGGUUCAAGCCUGACGAGGCCGGCGUGCGAGUUCUAUGUCUAGAUGGUGGGGGCGUGCGAGGGAUCGUCGAACUCGUCAUCCUUCGCGCAAUCGAACAGAGGCUCGGAGAACACAUACCAGUCCAGAACUUCUUUGAUCUUAUAGUUGGUACUAGGACGACAAGCACUGGUGGAAUCAUCGCACUGGCUUUGGGUGUCAAGCAGUACAGCGUCGUCAAUUGCAUCGAUCUCUUCAAGAAUCUUUGCAAGCAAGGGUUCACGCGGCGUGCUGCCCGACCUUUCAGGGCGCUCUCCUUCUUGAACCACAAAAGCUAUUACAGAACACAGCCUUUGGAAGAUGCCCUGAAAUCCGUCUUUGAGGAAGAAUGUCUCCUGUAUGGGGGUUCAAGACCUGAGACUUCAACAUCGGUCAAAGUCGCCGUGACCUCAACAAGUGCGAGCUACAAUCGGCCUGUUGUACUAUCGAACUAUAACGCACAGGGCAAGCGUGAGGCCUUGCCAUACAAAUUCCUCCGCCCCAGCGAUCCAGGUUGCGAGCUUAAAGUAUGGGAAGCUACGCGAGCUACGGCAGCGGCGCCGAUGUACUUCAAACCCUUUCAACAUGACGCUACAACGGCCGCAUACAUUGAUGGCGCCGUUCAAUAUAACUGCCCCGCCGUGGUUGCGGACUCCGAACGGCGACUGAUAUGGGACGAGGUCAGCGAAAUGCCGCCCGACAUCUUCUUGUCUGUGGGCACCGGUCUCAGCGGCAACCCCAAAAGUGCGCAAUCCAACGGGCUCUCAUCUCUCGGUCCCCAUGACCAGGCACGCUUGGAGACCCUGCAACACAAAGGGUCUACCUCUGGUCUAGGCUACAUGUGGCGAGUCGCUCACGAUAUCAUUGACAGCCAGCUGAACUGCGAAGAGCUCUGGACUAAAUUCAAGCACCAAGCCGAGGCUUCACCCACAGAAAAGCCCUAUCGGCGGAACAUUCGGAUCAAUGUCCCCUUCCCGGGCCAGCGGCCUGCGCUCGACGACGUUGAACAUAUCGAGCUUAUGGAGUUGCAGGCGGUGCGGAGCGCGCGGGCGGACCCACUGAUUCUUGAGGUAGCACAUAGACUCGUUGCGAGUUGCUUCUAUUUCCAGAAGGAUGGCACAAGCUAUCAGAAUAGGGAGACCGGGGAGUACACUUGUAUUGGAAAUAUUCGCUGCCGUUUCGAGGAAGGAAGUCAGAACCUCAAAGGUCUAGGCCGAAUCAUUCGUGACUGCACUCAUGGGUCCAAGUUUACACCUCACUUCUUCCUCCAGGAGAACUUCGGCUCGAGUGACCAGAAGCACCACAACAUAUUGAUUUCCACCGAGACCAUAAACGACAUGUGCGACCGCGGCCUAUUUGAGCUAGAGUGUAGGCUUCGCAUCGAUUCUGCAUGGCAAUCGAGCACCACGCGGCUCUCUCUGUGUCUGCAGCCGAUGGACUACAUGCAAGAAUUCGGCUCGACGCGAACGAGCACAAGUCGUAUCUUAUCCAUCAGCGGGUUCCCACGGGAGCUGUGCGCGCAGGACAGCAUCCCGAGCCCGAGCCUGGAGAAUGCAAGCGACGAACAACGUGCCGGCUGGGGCGCUCCGUCGAGUAUGCCAGCUCUUACACAUGCAAAGACGGAGCCGACCGGCUUGCAGCUCCAGUCAAAGGGAUCGAAAAUGCCCCCGCGCCGCCUCAUGUCGGAUCCACAGGCACCCACGAGCUUAGACCCGAUUGCUCAGCGCGAGAACUAUGGAGACAAAUGGCUGGACGACGAUGGAUGUCGUACUGAGGUUUUGAUUUGAUCGAUGGGGAGGUUGGCUCGGUCGACCUGGCGGGUGUGGUGUCUAGCGAGGAGCCGAGAGCGAGUAAGUCAGAGUUCCAAGUCUAGUUGGAAUCGGUCGAUGAGAGGUUGUGCAAACGUCGGUACAGUACCAUUUCAAUAUUCUAUCCAGCACUCACCCAUAUGGGAACUGGGACUAUAGCAGAGUCACUGUCGUAGCUCUUAUUAUUACACUAGUCGCCCC